GUUGAUCUGAUCUCUUACAUCUCAAGAUGGAUAUGCACUUUGGUUAUGAGCCAUCUUCUGCUGCUGGAUCGGUCUACUCUUGUAGGCCAGAAUCCGAAUUCUUUAAAACCAUAUCCAGAAGGAGUUCAUCAAUUGCAGAUACAUUUCAGGAGUUAGAAAGUGUUGGAGAGGUUGUAACAAGAUUCGAACUUGAUAUGGCAUGUGUCUGUGAGAAACUUGCCAACUUGAACUUACUCUUGAUGCAUAUGGAAACUCUAAAAAGCGACUUUGAAGCGUUUGUAUCCGAUACAAAUCAAAACCAAAGUGACAUGGAAGUCAAAGCACUGGAAUUUGACUUCUUAUAUGGGUUUCUGAAUUCCGAAGUGACUGUAUUAGAGAACCACAUAUCUGAUUUUCAGAUGGAAAAAACUAACAUGCAGGAUUUUGUCUCCUCAAGCAAAAUGUUAGGAGAAUCUUCCAUGGAAACAGAAGAUAUGUUGAAUGAUUCAGAAAAAUCAUUGCAACAAGCAUUGGAUCAGCUCUCAGAAUUAAAGACACGAGCUGGCAUGUUUGAGAAAACUGUGUCAAGAUUUGCUGGAGGAGGACCCCGUGCAGACAAGGAUGAUUCAGUGGAGAUAAACAACAAUGAUCUUCCUGAACUGAAAGACAAAAUGAAUGUCCAGACUGUGGAACAUCAAAGACAUAUCUUGAGAAUGCUUGAAAAAUCUUUGGAAAGAGAACUGGAAUCUGAGAAAAGGGCAUCUGAGUUGGCUCAAAUUGAAGAAGCUUUGACAAUGAGGUUGCAAGCUACAGAACAAGAAGUUCUUUUAGCUGAAGAAGAAACUCUACUCACAUUGGAAAAGUUGUAUAGCGCUGAUCACACAUCUGAGAUCCUAAUGUCAAUCACUAAAGAACUGAUGAGUAAGAUGAAGAAAGAUUCAGGCUUUCAAAAUCAAGAAACUGCUGUGGUUAAAGAUAUGAAAGAACGAGUUAUGAAGGCUGAACAAAGGGCUGAAAAGGCUGAAUUGAAAUGUAGCAAUGAGGUGAAAGCUUCAUUUGAGAAGGUGGUUUUACUUGAGAAAAAACUGAAAGAGGCUAAGAUUAAGCUAAAACUUAGUAAAUCCAGGAGAGAUAGUUUUGAGGAUGUGGAUCCGAUGGUGGUGAUGAUGCAGGUGGGAGUGACGGAAGAUUAUUAUACACUCCCAAGAUUUCAUUGAAAUAUAUACUUUCAAGCUCUGUGUGUGUGUGUGUGUAUAAAAUCUUUGCAUUUUCUUGAAACAUAGGCAAAAUUUCAAGAUUAUGAUAGUUAUUAUCAGAACCCUGUUGAAGUUUUCUGGGAUUUAGAGUCUUUUGUUCAUAAAAUUGGGAGACGUGAAAGGCCAAAUUUUGCCUUUUGGAGCUUUUUGAAGCAAGAACUUGUAAUAUCUUUGUGUUUGUGAAAUUGAAAUAAAGGUUGAUGUUGUAUGUUGAGGGAAAAAAAAGGUUAAAAAGAUAAACCGAAAGUUUUAUAAUAGCAAAUGUGAUUAAGGGUGUGUGGAUGUAAGCUUUGAAAUUAUUGAUAAACACAAUUUGA